AUGAAGCACUUCCUUGUUGCAGCGACGCUUUGCGCCAUCGCCAGCGCAGCUCUUGCUCAACCUCCUGUCGUUGCUCGCGACCCAGACCCAUCGGAAACCAUCGCCGCUCGAAACCAAGACCCGUCGGAGACUCUUGCCGGCCGUAACCCUGAUCCAACACCAGACCUCUUCGGACGGGACCCCGAUCCAUCAGAGACACUCGUCGGCCGGAACCCGGAUCCAUCAGAGACUCUCGUGGGUCGCAGCCCCGAUCCGUCAGAGACACUCGUCGGCCGGAACCCGGAUCCAUCAGAGACUCUCGUGGGUCGCAGCCCCGAUCCGUCAGAGACACUCGUCGGCCGGAACCCGGAUCCAUCAGAGACUCUCGUGGGUCGCAGCCCAGAUCCAUCAGAGACCGGUGUCUUUUAA